CUCUAUUUGCAAAGUGAUCACUGCUCAUCUAAGGUCCUAGUCAAACGACCCAACCCUCAUCACAAUGUCAAUCGGCAAACUUCUCUCCAAUGGAGCACUCCUCUUCGACGUGCUCAUCAUCGGAGCAGGUCCAUCUGGUCUAUCAACCGCCACCGGUCUCGCUCGUCAACUCCAUACAGCGAUAGUCUUCGACUCCGGAAUCUACCGCAACUCCAAAACCCAGCUCAUGCACAACGUGCUAGGCUGGGACCACCGCAACCCAGCGGAGUUCCGAGCCGCAGGUCGUGCAGAUCUGACGGACCGAUACGCCACGAUCCAAUUCCAAAACAGCACAAUCGAAACGAUCAAACAAGUCGAGGCCCAGCAGCUGUUCGAAGCACGAGAUGCCGACGGUCACCGGUGGUAUGGCCGGAAGGUCGUGCUGGCGAGUGGAGUUCGUGACCUGCCCUUAGGCAUCGAGGGAUAUGAUGAGUGCUGGGCAAAUGGCAUCUAUCACUGCUUGUUCUGCGAUGGGUAUGAAGAGCGCGGGCAGGAGUCCGUCGGGGUCCUUGCCCUGGCGCCACUCAAUGAUCCUCCGCGAGCUGUGCAUAUGGCUCGGAUGGCACGGCGGCUGGCUGAUUCUGUUACAGUGUAUACUCAUGGGGAUGUGCAGUUGGCGAAGGAUAUCCAGAAUGCCGCGGAUGGACCCUCCUGGCUGAAAUUAGAUGCGCGACCCAUCAUGCGAUUCCAGAAGGGGGAGAUCGGCAAGACAGUCAUUGUUCAUUUGGGGUUGGCGGAGACUAGCGAGUCUAGAACAGAAGGGUUCUUGGUCUAUAGCCCUCUAACGGAGCUGAAUGGUCCGUUUGCCAAACAACUGGCGUUGACCUUGACUGAAGGAGGUGAAAUUCAGACAUCGGCCCCUUUCCAUGAGACUUCGGUCCCCGGGGUAUUUGCUGUGGGAGAUUGUGCCACGCCCUACAAGGCGGUUACUCCGGCGCUGAUGAUGGGAUCGUUGGCUGCGGCGGGACUGGUGGCGCAGUUGCAGGCUCAGCCUCAUGCUGGAGGUUCGCUGUGA